AUGUGUACUCAGUACAAAUACACAGGACCUUGCUGGUGCAACGAAAGAACUGGCCAAGCUAAGGUCAUCGAAUCAAUAAACCAACAUUGCUCUCAAAAACCUCCAAGAGUUCGGUGCCCAAGCUUUAAGACGAAGAUUUAUGGCAUCAAAUGUCCUAACUGCAUUCAUGAAGCAGCAGCCGCUGCUGCUGCUGAAGUUCAAGCCGAAGCUGAAGCCGCUCGAAUCCUUUGGGGCAUGCGGGAUGGAAGUAGGUAA